AUGGGUGCCACGCCUGCCAUCAAUGGCUCUGCGGAUUUGAGAGAUGCUGCCUGGGGUGUUGGAGGCAAAGAGUACUGUUCAUCGAACAUCUUGCCUCUCAAAUGCAUUGCUGCUGAUUGGUCUCGAGUUAGCCAAAGCCAGAAUGUCGCGCUUAAGCUACAGUUCUCGCACCGGCGCUCUCUGUUCCACGCCCUCGCACGGGGUGUGCUGGACUCCGUACUAAUCUUGUCUGCUCACAGUACCGUCCCUACCAACGACCAGAUCCUGGUCCCUGAGACCCUUCUUAAGAAGCGCAAGAGCCAGGAGAAGGUUCGCGCUGAGCGCACCGCCGCCAUCGAGAAGAAGAAGGCCUCCAACAAGGAGAAGCGUGGCGUCAUCUUUAAGCGUGCUGAGAAGUACGUCAAGGAGUACCGCGAUGCUGAGCGCGAGAAGAUCCGUCUUCACCGCGCUGCCAAGAAGGACGACUCUGCCUAUGUCCCCGCCGAGGCCAAGCUGAUGUUCGUCGUGCGCAUCAAGGGUAUCAACAAGAUUGCCCCCAAGCCCCGCAAGAUCCUCCAGCUCCUCCGUCUGCUCCAGAUCAACAAUGGCGUCUUCAUCAAGGUCACCAAGGCCAUCACCGAGAUGCUCAAGAUUGUCGAGCCCUGGAUUGCCUAUGGUUACCCCAACCUCAAGUCCAUCAAGGAGCUCAUCUACAAGCGCGGAUACGGCAAGAUCAACAAGCAGCGCAUUGCCCUGACCGACAACGCCAUCAUCGAGGAGAACCUCGGCAAGUACGGCAUUGUCUGCAUCGAGGAUCUUGUCCACGAGAUCUACUCGGUCGGCCCCAACUUCAAGCAGGUCUCCAACUUCCUGUGGCCCUUCAAGCUGUCCAACCCCACCGGUGGCUUCCGCGCCCGCAAGUUCAAGCACUACAUUGAGGGCGGUGACCUCGGUAACCGCGAGGACGCCAUCAAUGCCCUCAUCCGCCAGAUGAACUAG